AUGCCAGAUUUCUCAACGCUGUCUGAUGCGGAUGUUCAGGCCUCUGGCCCCAAUAGGCCUAUAACACAUGACAGGUCGAAUGCUGAUUCGCCAUUUGAAUAUGAGGUAUACCCUCAUGCGCUUGCAAUCAACAGUGAUUCAAGAGAAGGCCAUGGAUCGGCUUCCUUUUCUGCGCGGUUUAGGCAGGUAGGUGGAGUCAAUAGUAUUGAUAACUUUGCUCGGUCGUGGCAACGAGCUGCAUGCUUUCCAGAAGUUUUACCUCGGCGAUCCUCAUUCGUCGCAGACUCCGACGAAGAAUGGGGUGCUUCAAGAAGCGAUAUUCUCAGAUCUCAAGAAUAUCUUGACCAUGAUGCCGAUAUAACACGACCAUUGUUGGGUAUCGAUGGAGAAGCAGAAGAUAAUGUCUUGGCUCCCCAAUUGGAUUUGAGAAAGAGGGCCUCACAUGCAGACAUCCUAGAACCACCACUUGGGGGUUCGUACGGCACGAUUUCUUCCCGCGUUAGCGAAGUUACACGAAAGCAUGCGAUACAGCUGCACAGAGAGCAACAGGCUCGUGGCGAUGCAGUUGUGGAUCACGAUAGGCAGCCCAUUCUUGUAAAACAAGUACAGCAUGGUGAUGGGACACGGGAAUGUGUUGUUGUUGGUCAAUCUACUGUUCCUCAGACGAUCUUCAAUUCCGUUAAUGUCUUGAUUGGGGUUGGCUUGUUAAGCCUACCGCUGGCUUUGAAGCAUGCCGGCUGGCUUCUUGGCCUGCUAUUCCUCCUCUUUGCUGCUGUGACGACGUCUUACACUGCUAAAAUCCUUGCGAAAUGCCUUGACGUUGAUCGGAGCAUUGUCACCUAUGCUGAUCUAGCAUAUAUCAGUUUCGGUCACCACGCACGCUUAGUGACAAGCCUCCUAUUCUGCUUAGAACUUAUCGGGGCCUGUGUUGCUCUCGUUGUGCUUUUCGCAGACAGUCUACGGGCUCUCAUACCGGGUUUGAGCCUUCUCCAAUGGAAAAUAAUAUGCGGGCUCAUGCUUGUUCCCCUCAAUUUCCUACCAUUGCGACUUCUUAGUGUGACAAGUAUCCUCGGUAUACUGUCUUGUACUUCUAUUGUUAUUAUCACUUGUAUUGAUGGACUCAUGAAACCGACUGCGCCAGGGUCACUCCGUGAGCCAGCCAGAACAUAUUUAUUGCCUGAUAACUGGGCCACUCUUCCCCUGAGUUUUGGGCUUAUUAUGUCACCAUGGGGUGGUCACGGCGUAUUUCCUAAUAUAUACCGGGACAUGCGACAUCCACAUAAGUAUGGAAAGAGUCUCUGGGUGACAUAUCUAUUUACGUAUUCCCUCGAUUGUAUGAUGGCUAUUGUGGGCUGGAUGAUGUUUGGGGAUGGAGUUCGGGAUGAAGUCACUGCGAACGUCCUACGCACAGAAGAAUACUCGCAGGUUUUAUCCAUUUGCAUGAUCGUAUUCAUCGCCAUCAUUCCGAUCACUAAGGUGCCGUUGAACUGCCGGCCGCUUGUGGCCACAGUCGAAGUUCUCUGCGGCCUUGGGUCGCACCCAGAGCUUCAAACAAAUCCCCAGAGCACGAAAGCCAUGCUUCAGACGUUGUUGAAAGCCGUAAUACGCAUCCUUGUCGUGGUCAUCAUUGUUUUCAUGGCAGUGCUAUUCCCCUCCUUUGACAGAAUCAUGGCAUUGAUGGGGUCGGCUUUAUGCUUCACUAUCUGCAUCAUAUUGCCGCUUGCCUUUUAUCUGAAAAUAUUUGGCAAUGAGAUCAGUCCAAGGGAACGAGUACUGGACUGGUGCCUUCUGAUAAUAUCCUCAGUAUUGGCAUUAAUUGGGACUGCAUGGUCAUUCCUGCCGCAGGAUGCCAUCUCUGCACUAUGAACCUCCGGGUAGAGGCUCUUUCU